CUCAAAUUUAGUUAAGUAUAAGGGCCCAAGAACACUACAUACGACGACUGCCAGGUUUUAGAAUUUGUAUCAACCUACAACUACACAAACCAAUACCGAGAAUUUUAUGGAGGUCACUAUCCAAUACAAUGGAUGAAUUGUAUUUUUCUGUAUUUAUUUUUCUACUUUAAACACCCCAAUGACGAUUUCGAGGGAAGCAUCAGAGCCUCGAUUUCGUGUUUUGGCCUACAACUGGAAGAGAGGAACUAACAUUCAAGUUUUGAGAUCAAGGUCAUCAUAAAGUUAUGAAAAUGCUUUUGUCACUCAGUUCCCUGAUUCUUGUUAUUUCAUUGGCCAUAGCCUUUGGCUACAGAUUUUUAAAGUUGAAAAAGCACAGUCUUGAAAAAGUUAAAAGCUUUCUUUACAACAAAGACAGCCAAGGAAAUGAGGCUCCAAUUGUGAUUGGUCACAGGGGUGGACAAUAUGAAGCACCCGAGAAUACUCUAAUUGCAAUUAAAACUGCCAAAAGAAAUGGAUCCACAGCUGUAGAGCUUGAUUUGGCCUUUACAGAUGAUGGGUAUGGUAUUAUUAUACAUGAUGAGACAGUGGACAGAACCACAAAUGGGACUGGGGAAGUAAGCAACUUUAGGUUUCAUGAAAUAAGAAAACUGAAUGCUGCAAGCAAACUAAGAACACUAAGGUAUGCUGAAGGCAAGAUAGAAGUAGCAGGCUUUGAGCAAAUUCCAACACUAAAGGAAGUUGUCGAGCUUUGUAAAGAUAUUGAAAUGAAGAUAAUCCUGGAUGUUAAAUCAGAUGCAAUGGCUACUGCAAAUGCCAUUUUGAAGCUCUCUCAAGAAAUUCAAGACCUUGAUAAAUUCAUGAUUGUUACUUCAUUUUAUCCACAAGUUUUAUACUCAGUUAAAUGGAAGUGCCCUUCAUUUCUUACUGGACUCAUUUGGCGAUAUGAUUACUGCAAUUUGAAGAUAAAUGGAGAACCCCGUUUCUCUGGUAUCCAACACUACCUCAUGCAUGUUGUUGAUAUUCUUGGAGAAUUUCUAGUUCACUCAUGGCUGCCAGAUUUCCUUGGUCUUGAUGCAGUCUCCAUGAACAAAGAUCAUUUAUCAAGGAGAUAUAUCAACAAAUGGAGAGCGAAAAAUGUAGAACUAAUGGCUUGGACAGUAAACAACCCACUUGAAAAGGAUUUCUUUCUGAAAAACCUUAAAAUACCAAUCAUCACGGACUCUCUUUUGAAUUUUGAAGAAUGUCCUGAACAAGAAAUUUAAAUGAAUAUAUCUCCAAAUAGCGGAGUGAUAAAUAUAACAACGUUUAGGAAGUAAAUUAAUAUACAGCUCAAUGAUAACAGCAAACUAGAUUCAAGUAGAGCAGUGAUCAACUAGUUUAGACUCGUAACCUGGUCUUCAAUGAAUUUGAAGAUGAAAAUGCUGUUAAUUCUAGGAAGACCAUACUAUUAUUACUUUUAUUUAUAUGUUAAAAUGCUGCUGUUAGAUACAAAUUAUAAAAAUUGUGCUAAAGAACGAGAACUUGAUUGCAGAUGAAUCAUCAAGCUAUUGUUCAAUCAACUGAGGUAUAUUAUUUGUGCAAUUUAUUGACUUUACGUGGACACUUCACGUGUACACUUUACGUAGACACUUCACGUGUACACUUUACGUGGACACUUCACGUGUACACUUUACGUGGACACUUCACGUGUACACUUUACGUGCACACUUCACGUGCUGCGAUGUGAGAACAGCCUUUGUCAGCCUUCGGCAGCUCCAUCAACCCUUAUGUCAUUCUUACUUUCUCAUUCCUAACUGAUCUACAUUUUUUAUUCAUUCGAAACUCGUUCAUUUAUUGACGAUUUUUCCUCGCAAGCUUAGUUGUAAAAGAAGGUACCCAUAUUGAGCCUUGUGUCUUAGAUCGUGUAUUCUGUUCUAUGUUAUUAUAUAUCAACUACGGAGUCAUAAUUUUGUCAAUGAGCCAUUGAAAAGGAAAAGGAAGUUUUAGAUUUUUGUCGUUUAGCUAAGCCUUCCAUUGAGGAAAAACAACACUCGAAAGUUAUUUGUGGCGCAACUGUAUCCAUGUGGGCAGACGCUUGGUCCCUGCAGUGCUACUUUCUUUCUGCCAAUAAUUGAUUAUUCUUAGUUCAUUAGAAUCUUCGACUAAAUGAUUUCGCUGUAUAAUUAGCAUUUGAGUCUCUUCAAUUAGAGAUUGAGGCUCAUUAGCGACUUUUAGGCUGAUUAACAAGGUAUUUGAACGUAUUAUGUCUGUAUCAUACGUAUUGUUUUUAUGAUGAUAUAUGAAUUCUUUUAAAGUA